AUGUUAGCGACUAGUCCAGCGUUCGGAUCUGAAAAUACAGAUGGUCUGAAGUUACUACCCCUUUCUACCUUGUCCUCCUCGUUUUAUCCCGAAUUAAGUGCUGUGAGCCUGCCUCCAUCAGAAGCCCCGGGGCUGCGUCGUUUACCCAGGUCGAAUGAGUUUUGCGCGUGUCUGGCUGUUGGCCUACGGCAACGUAUCUUACCGCUACACAAAAUCGAAGUGUCUACAACUAUUGUUUCGGAAACCUUUAAAACAACACUCAAGCAAACCUUUGUCAAUUCUAUGACAUUGGAAGAUGGCCAACUUUGCGCGUAUAGGUUUCCUAUUUACGGCAGGGUCAGUGUUGUUGGGUUUAAGUGUAGAAUUGGCUCAGAUUGUCUCUACGGUUUCAUGAAGGAGAGGAAACAAGCAGAAAUCAUUUAUGAUGCUAUGGUCGCUAAGGGCGAUACCGCCGACAUCAUCGUACAAGUUCCCGAGGGGCCCAAUUUUUUUAUCACAAGAAUUGGUCAUGUUCCGUUCAGAGAACGUGUUCAUGUCGAGAUCACUUAUGUUGGAGAGUUGAAACAAAAUAUCGGUUGCAUGCGCUUCAGAAUUUCAGCUUGGAUCACUCACUGCUAUGGCCUUAAUAGCUCCGCCAAGCAUCCAUCUACCGUCGAGCCAGUCACAAGUUCCAUCGAUUAUAUUACUGGCGAGAUCAAUAUCACUGUGGAUAUAAUAUUACCAGAAAGAAAACUGAUCAAAAGGGUUCAGUCUCUAUCGCAUAUGGUUACGGUGUCCACAGGAUCUAUUUCAACUGCCACUCAGGAAGUUUCAUUGAUAAAUAUGACGAGCAUGACGCUGUCAAACAUGCCCACUGAUUUAGAGAAAGAUUUCGCUUUAAUCAUACAGGCCAACGAUGUUGAAGCACCUUACUCAUCGGGCCUUAUUAGUAUCACUUGUCCCCCCUUGUCCUCCUCCAAAUUCGCCACCCCUUUCAACAUCAGAGAUCUUCAACAUUCUCUCUCUCGGAACAAAAAUGACUUCUUAUGGUCCCAGAGCAAGGACUACAACAACGAAUCUCUCCAAGAAGCUAUGCAAUAUCUAAAGACAUUGGAUGCAGGAUCUGGACCAAGGGAGCCGUUCGAGGCAAUUCAAGCUACUAUCGAAAAGCGAAUAGCUGAGAUACCACUGGAAAUCGUUCUCCUUGCUGGUGCAAUCUCAUUUGCUGGUAAAAAGGUCCGACAUCUAGAGCCUCUUUUACAUUAUUUUGAUGAGCAGGUAGAGAAAUCCCAAGGAAAUAUUCGAAUGUUUUGUCUUGGAAUUGGCAUUGGCAAUCCUGCUGCACAUGGACUGAUUGAAAAAAUCGCUAGAGCAGGGAGUGGACUUUUUCGGUGUGUACAGAGUGGUGAAUGA